AUGCAAAACUUUGUGAAUAGGUUGAAAUUGAAGACUAAGCAAAUUAUUGAUACAGCUGCCGGUGGCUCAACUAAUUUCUCAAUAGCCACUGGUAUUAAGAAGAUUAUUGAGGCUAUUGCUGCAAAUGAGCAUUUGGAGCUAUAUGAUCGUACUGUGAGUCAACCUGAAGGAAAAAUUGAUUUAAAACUGGCAAAUCAGGUUGUGAUCAUGGAAGAUCAAAUUAAAGCUGAAGUAGAGAGAAGAUUGAAAGGUAUGAAUUUAGGUACUCAUACGGUAGCUCAAGUUCAACCUGCUCAAGCGAUGGUAUGUGAAAUCUGUGGCGGACCACACUUUGCCAUUCAUUGUGUUGCUACGGCGGAACAAGUGGAGGCUAUAAAGUUCUUGAGGCAAAAUAACCCUUAUUCUAAUACGUAUAAUCCAGGGUGGAAGAAUCAUCCAAAUUUUUCUUGGAAGGAUCAGCAGGGUAAUGCUCCAAAGCAAGUUCCUCAACAACAACAGUAUAUGCCUCAGCAACAACCACCUUACCAGCAACAAUAUCAGUCACCUCAGCAAUCCUAUCAGCAACAAGGACCGAAGAAAGCAAAUUGGGAGAUUGCCAUUGAAAAAAUGGCAGUGCAGAAUGUUAAAUUCCAGGAAGAGACAAGAAAUAACAAAAGGAAUACUAAUGCUUCUAUCAAAAAUCUUGAACUUCAACUUGGGCAGAUAGCACAGCAGAUCACGAGCUCUCAAGCACCAAGUGCUUUACCGAGUGCAACUAUGACAAAUCCAAGAGAGCAUAAUAAUGUGAGUGCAGUAACUACAAGAAGUGGAAAAGCAACUGAAGUCCUUGAAAAGAGAGUUGAGGAAGAAGAUACGCUGCUUGAAAUGGAUCUUGAAAUCUUAGAAAAUAAAACACCACCAGCAGAAGUAAUAUUGAAGCCAGUUGUGAAGGAAAAGCCCAUUGAACCAAAACCCAUAAUAAAGCUCCCAUUUCCACAAAGGAACAAGAAGCAGAAGCAGGACGAGAAAAACUUUCAGAAGUUUGUAGAAAUGUUCAGGAAGUUGGAAAUCAACAUCCCCUUCUCUGAGGCACUGGACCAGAUGCCUAUUUAUGCCAAAUUCAUGAAGGACAUCAUAUCCAAGAAGCACACCAUUGACACUGACUCUGUUAUACUAACUGAAACUUGUAGUGCUAUUUUGCAGGGUAUGAAGAUUCCGGUGAAGAAGCCAGAUAGAGGCUCGGUUACUAUUCCGUGCACCAUUGGAGAUAGGUCCUUCAAAAGGGCUCUGAUUGAUUUGGGGGCUAGUGUGAGCCUUAUGCCUUUGUCCAUCUACAGGAAACUCGGGAUUGGAAGAGUUCAAGACACCAGAAUGACACUUCAAUUUGCCGAUCACUCAGUGAAGAAACCAUUUGGGAUUGUUGAGGAUGUUCUGGUAAAAGUUGAUAAAUUUGUUUUUCCUGUUGAUUUCGUAAUUCUGGAAAUGCCAGAAGAUGAGGAGAUACCUCUGAUUCUGGGUAGACCAUUUUUAGAGAUAGGUAGAUGUAUGAUAGACAUUGAGAAUGGUACCAUGACUCUUAAGGUUUAUGAUGAGGAGCUAAAAAUUAAUGUGAGAAACACUAUGAAGCACAAAGAGGAUAUAGGUACAAAUCACUCAGUGGAAGUGAUUAAUCAGAUAGUAGCCGACAACAUUCAGAGCAGUUUCCCAGAAUCACCGUUAGAAAGAGUUAUGUGUUUGUCAACUGGGGAGAUUGAGGACAAUGGUAGUGAGAAGGAAAAAGAAAUUCUUGCUCUACUUGAUGCACAACCACCUUGGUUGAAAUCCAAACCACACCGGUGGGAGGAUUUAAGAGGUUCACCAGAAACAGAAACUGAAAAGGGAAACAAAACAGGUACAAGUUCUGAGUUAAAACAACUACCUGUUAAUCUUAAAUAUGUUUUUCUAGAAUCCGGAGAAAAAUGUCCUGCUAUUAUCAAUCCUGAGUUAAAUGAAAAAGAUGAAGAAAAGUUGAUACAGGUACUUAAGAGGCACAGGAGUGCUAUUGGUUGGACUAUCGAGGAUAUAAAAGGAAUUAGCCCCACGGUAUGCAUGCAUAAAAUCCUGAUGGAGGAUAAUCAGAAACCGGUAGUACAACCUUAG